UUUUCUUAAAAAAAAACUAACCUAAUUACUCUGUGUUAUUUCUUUCGCUUCGCUCUUUUUGAAAGUGUGAGGUUAUUUUUGCCAACAAAAACCUUUUUUAUGGUUUAAUUUGAUGAAAUCUUGUCAAUAAUGUAUUCCAGUGACGAUUAUAACGAGGGUGGAUACGAGUCCUAUGGAGACUACGAACCUCACACAGGAGACCCUCAAUAUGACCUGGAAUAUGAUAGAUCUUACUAUAAAAUGCCGGAUAUGGUCAAGAAAUUCCUUGUUUACUUCCGGAACAUGAUCAACGAGGGAGUAACAUAUGAAAUACAAAACUUGUAUGAAAACACCUUCCCCAAGCUUACCGAGCAGUAUUUUGAAAACACUCCCUGGCCUGAAGAGUCUGAGGUUGGCCCCUUGGUGGACAAUGACCAUGUGUUCAUGAUCCUGUACAAAGAGUUGUACUUCCGCGACAUCUACGCGCGCGUUCCCGGCGGCCCCAAGCCCGAGCAGCGCUUCCACUCGUUCUACAACUACUGCGACCUGUUCAACUACAUCCUGUCUGCGGAGACGCCGGUCCCGCUGGAGCUGCCCGACCAGUGGCUGUGGGAGCUCAUUGAUGAGUUUGUCUACCAGUUCCAGUCAUUCGCUCAGUACAGAUCGCGCACGUCCAAGCUGAGCCAGGCGGAGAUCGACGCGCUGAACACGGAGAACAAGGCGUGGAACGUGCUGUGCAUCCUCAACGUCCUGCACUCGCUCGUCGACAAGUCCAACAUCAAGAAGCAACUCGAGGUGUACGCGACGGGCGGCGACCCCGACUCGGUGGCGGGCGAGUUCGGGCGGCACUCGCUGUACAAGAUGCUCGGCUACUUCUCGCUGGUCGGGCUGCUGCGCCUGCACUCGCUGCUCGGAGACUACUACCAGGCCAUCAAGGUGCUAGAAAACAUCGAGCUGCACAAGAAGUCUCAAUACUCUCACGUGCCCGCGUGCCAGAUCUCCACGUCCUACUACGUGGGCUUCGCCUACAUGAUGAUGCGGCGCUACGCCGACGCCAUCCGCACCCUGUCUUCAGCGCUUCUGUACAUGCAGAGGACCAAACAGCUGUUCUCGUCCCGGUCCUACCAGAACGACCAGAUUAACAAGCAGACGGACCAGAUGUACCAUCUGUUGGCGAUCUGUCUGGUGCUGCAUCCGCAGUGCGUUGAUGAGAGUAUUCAGCAGGUGCUCCGCGAGAAGAACUACCACGAGAAGAUGUUCAAGAUGCAGUACGGCGACCUCGGCGAGUUCGAGGCGAGCUUCACGUUCGCGUGCCCCAAGUUCCUGUCGGCCUGCCCGCCGCCCGUGGACGCCUCCGCCGGCUACGGCAGCCACGCCGUCAAGCACCAGACGCAGGUGUUCAUGGAUGAGGUCCGCCAGCAAAAAAUGCUGCCAACUAUCCGCUCGUACCUCAAACUCUACACCACGCUGCCGCUGGCCAAGCUGGCCGCCUUCAUGUCGAUGGCGCGCGGCGGCGAGCGCGACGCGGCGCGGGAGCACGCGGCGCUCGCGAUACACCUGCUGUGCUUCAAGCACAAGAUGAAGAAUGUGGUGUGGUCUAAGGGACCGAGCGGGUUGGAUGGCAAGUUCCAGAGCGGCUCUGAGCUGGACUUCUACAUCGACAACGACAUGGUGCACAUCGCGGACACGAAGGUGGCGCACCGCUACGGAGACUUCUUCAUCAGGAAGAUCCUCAAGUUCGAGGAGCUCAACCGCAAACUGCACCACAUCAAGAUUUAAGCUGUCUCUGUCUAUGUGCAGUUAUAUGUAUGGGUCUUUUGUACACGCCCUUUUUGUGUAUGGAAAUAAAGGUGUAACUACUUA